AUGAGCUGUAUAGACCUGAAGCAAGAGGGUGUACAAAAUAUUGAUAAAAACGUAAAUAAAAUUAAAGACGAUAUAAAAACUGAUAUUGAUAAAAAAGAAGGAAACAACGAAAACGGGUCAAGGUUCAACAAAAACAUUGAAAACGCAGGAAAUAAUUGGGACAAUUUGAGAAACGAAUCGAAUAAAGUUUUUAGGAAUACAAAUAAGUUAAAUGACAAUAAUAAUAAAAGAGAUAGCUUAAUAGAUGAUAACAAUAGGAGAAUGGAUAAAGACGGAAAUUCGGGAAAUUAUCGAAAAAAAUAUUUUAACAACGAAAUGAAUAAUGCAAAUAAUAGCACUGAAUUUAACAAAUCUAAUUAUAAUAAAAAUAUGAAUAAUUCAGAAAACCAAAAAUAUAAUUUUAAUAGAAACUUUAAAAAUAAUUACAAUAAAAGUAGAAAUAGUUUUAACAUGAAACAUGGAAAUACAAAUAUAAGUGGAUUAGGAGAUGAAACAAACAAUCCAAACAACUAUGGAAAUAAUGAAAUGAAUCAAAAUAAUACAAAAAUGGGAAGCAUCAGCAAUUAUAAUAAUUUGCCUGAUGGCAAUUACAAUAACAAUAUGAAUAACAAAACGUUUUAUAAAAAUAAUAAAUAUAAUAAAUUUGGUUCUCAAAAUAAUGACUCUUCUAAUAAUUUUAAUAAUAUAAAUUUUAAGGAUAAUAAGCAAAAUAUGAAUUAUAAGAAGCAAUAUAAUAAUAAUCCAAUGAGCAGGAAUACAAGCAUGGAUGAUAACACGAAUUAUAAUAAUAUGGAAAAUGAAAAUAACAGUGGAAUGAAUAAUUCACCUAACUACAAAUCAAAAUAUGACAAUAAUAAUAAUAGUAAUGUAAUUAAAAAUGAUAUGUAUUUUAGAGAAGAAAAUACAAAAUACUAUGGAAAUAAUCUAAAUUCUCCAAAUAACAAUUUAAGCCCAAAUAACAAUAUGCGCAAUAAUAGCACCAAUAGGGAACAUUCACGAAAUCCAUUUUUUAUGAAUAAUAAAAAAAAUAGCAUGGUUAAUGACAAUACGAAUAAAAAUAAUAGAAUGAUGGAUUUUAUGAAUAAUCCAGAUAAUGAAAAUAUGAAUCAACAAAAUAAUAUUUACAUGCAAAAUAAUAAAAAUAACAAUUAUAAUGAUAUAAAUAUAUCAAAUAAUUAUAUGAAAGAUAAUAAUUUAAAAAAAAAUAUUGAUUCAUCUAAUUCGCCUCACAUGAAUAAUAUGAGAGGUAAUAAUAAUGAUGAUGGGGAUUUUAUAAAAAGAGAAUUCACAAAUGAAAGUAAUUAUUGCCAAGACAAUACACAAAAUGAAAAUAAUAAUCAUCAAAAUAGUGCAAUAAAAAAUAAUUCUGGGAAUAUGGAUGCUAGUACAUAUAUUAUGAAUAGAUUCGCUACAUUUAAUAAUAAUUCUACAAACAAUAGUAAUGCUAACAAUGACAAUGAUCAAAAUGUCGUAAAUAAUUCCAGUAACAACAAUUCUAAUGAUAAACGACCUGAUAAUAUGAAUAUGCCAAAUAAUAAAAGUAACAACAAUGAAGAAGAAGAAUUUGAUGAAUGGGGAGAAUUAGGAGAAGAUAAAUAUAUAGACAUUAAUUCUAUUAUUAAACAAAAAAAUGUUAUAUUAAACCAACUAGGUGCAAAUUUAGAUGAUAUGACAAAAAAAGGCAAUGAUAAUAAAAAUAAAAAAAAAAUAAAAUCAAAGAAAGAUAGCAUAUUUGCACCAGAUAAUUUAAACAUACCACCAGCAUCACAACCUAGUGUUGAUAAAAAAAAAAAUAAAAAAAAUAAAAAUAAAACUGGAAAAAAUGAUAAUAAUGCAAAAGAAAAUAAUAAUAUGAUAGAUAAAGAAAAAAAUAAGCAAAAUACUAAUAAUUUAGCUAAUAAAAAAAAAGUAGAAAAAACUGAAGAAAAACCAUUAGAUAAUACUAAUAAUUCUCAAUCAAGUGCUCAAAAAAAUAAUGAAACUGCAGAAGAUCCUAAAGAAGGUGAAAAUACUGAAAAUAAAACCGAAGAGCCAAAGGAAGAAGUUAGCAAGCCUACUAAAGCUAUAUAUGUAUUUAAAAAAAAAGAAAAUAUGCAUCCUCUUGAAUAUAUGAAAAGGCAAAUAAAAAGUUUGCUUAAUAAAUUAACAGUGGAAAAUUUCCCCAUUAUAACUGAAAAAAUGUGCCAAAUUAUGGAUUCACGCAUAAAUACUGAUGAAAUACAAACAGUUGUAAAUGAAGUUAUUGAUAAGGCUGUUUUGGAACAUGAUUGGUCCGAAAUGUAUGCCGAUCUUUGUCAGGCACUAAAAUGGAGAUCCCCUAAUUUUGAGAUGAAAAAAAAAUCAUCCUUUGAAAUAGCUUUGCUUAAAAAGAUUCAAGAAGAAUACGAAAAUUUACCUAGUACCUUUGAAUCAACUAUGAAAGAAAAAUUAAAAAGUGAUGAAAAUGAAGAAGAAUUAAGUUUUGCUGAGCAAAAGCAAAAAAAAAGACUAUUUGGAAUAGUAAAAUUAAUAGGAGAAUUAUUCCAAAGACAAAUUGUAUCAAUAUCUAUUGUUAUAAGUAUUACACAUGAUUUAUUAAUAGCAUAUGAUGAACCUAAGGAAUAUUGUAUAGAAGCCUUUCUUCAACUUAUUUAUUCAACUGGAUUUUUUAUUGAUAAAAUGGAAAAAUAUAAAAAUGUGUUAGAUACAUGGUUUGGUAGAUUAAAAGAAUUACAAAGAAAAAAAAUGUAUUCCAAAAGAAUUAAGUUUGUUAUACAAGAUGUUUUUGAUUUAAGAUUAUCUGAAUGGAGAAAAAAAACACACAAAGAUACAGCAAAAGGUUUAAAUGAAUUACGAUCCCAGUUAGAAACUGAAGAAAUGAUGGGAGGAUCAAUUCAUUUAGCACAAUUAGGUAAUAUUGUGAUCGUAGGUGAAAGGCACAAUAUAAGGAAUAAUGAAUCUUACUCUAAAUAUAUGCAAGAACAAGAAAGAUUAAGCAAGUUAAAUCAAAAAAAAUAA